ACCCUCUCCUCAAUCCUUGAACUUUUCUCCCUUCCACCACCAAAGUCUUCAUCCUCUCUUUCUUAUCUGGGAACGUCCGUCGAACUCGUGAAGGUAAAUGGAGAAGUACAAGACCUUGGAAAUCGUUCGGGCAAGCUCAAAUUCGCAGGUGAUCAACCUAUAUCUAAAUCGUCAGUCGGUUCGAAACGCUCUCUCAAGCGAUUUCUUCUCCGAAUUCCCAAGGGCUCUAUCUUCGCUGGACCAAGACCCUAACGUGAGAGUCAUCAUCCUCUCGGGACAUGGUGACCAUUUCUGUGCAGGCAUAGAUCUUUCAACCCUAAAGGAUUCUUUCGCAAACACCACAUCUAACGACGACCGGGGCAGAUCUGGAGAACGCAUCCGCCAAAGUAUCAAGGGAUUACAGGCCGCAAUCACAGCUUUGGAAAGAUGCCGAAAACCUGUUAUCGCUGGAAUCCAUGGCGGUUGCAUCGGAGGUGGGAUCGAUCUCGUGACAGGCUGCGAUAUUAGGUACUGUACAGAGGAUUCCUUCUUCUCCGUAAAGGAGGUCGAUUUGGCUAUCGUUGCUGAUCUCGGUACUCUUCAGAGGCUGCCAGGGAUCGUUGGUUUUGGAAACGCCAUGGAAUUAGCACUAACCGGCCGGAAGUUUUCGGGAUUGGAGGCGAAGAGUUUCGGUCUGGUAUCUAGGGUUUUUGGUUCCAAAAGCGCCAUGGAUGAAGGCUUAGUGGGGCUUGCCGAGGGAAUUGCAGAGAAGUCACCUCUUGCGGUUAAUGGAACGAAGGCGGUAUUAUUGAGAAGUCGAGACCUAACAUUGGAUCAAGGAUUGGAUUAUGUUGCCACAUGGAACUCUGUGGUGCUCCAAUCAAAUGAUUUAGCAGAAGCAGUCUCAGCUCAAAUUCAAAAGAGAAAACCUGUAUUUGCCAAGCUUUGAGUGUUUGUUAUAUAUAUUUU